UAUCAGUAAUUAUUAACAUGAUAGGCAUGGUAAUAAUAGUCAUCAUAUAAUUGAUAUAUUUAUUUUAUAAAGUUAAUAGAAAGUAACAUUGAAUCAGUCACAUUUGAACUAUAAACGUGAUUUGAAAAAAUUUGAGUCAUAAUAAAAAUACUUUUAUUUAUCUACAUUAUUGUUGUUGCUAAGGCAAAUUCAAAUCUACAUCAACAUCAACAACAACAACAACAACAAGAACAAAAUCUGAAAUUGAUUUGAUUAUUCAAUUGAUCUAACAUAUAUCACAAUUAAAUUGUGCCUUAAAUUCUCAUCUUAUCGUUAUGAAUUUGAUCUAAAAAAAAUUAUUUCUUAAGAAGAAAACAAAGACAAACCAAUAAUAAAAUUAUAAUAAGUGAAUUGUUUAUUUGACAUCAAUAUUUAUCAUUAUAUAUUGGAUAGAAAGUGUAUCCUCUUGUUUCUAAUAUCAAUAAUUUGUGAAUAAAUACAAUUGGUAUUAUUGAAUUCUUGAAGAUUUAUCAAUAAAAGAUUAAUUACCCUUGCUGUUGUCAUCGUUACAAUCACCGUCAGUGUUGUCAUAUUCUUAUUCCAGUAUUGACAGUCUCCUAGUGGAUAAACACUUCUCACGUUUAUUCGUCAUUCAUUUUAUUUGCUGAUUGGAAAUUAUUUAUUAAAACAAGAUCAAGAAGAAUUAACUGGAUCAACCAAUUUCGUACGUGUGUAUGCGUUCUUGUGUAAAUAAAUAAAUAAACAUAUACGUACGUCUGUGUACGUGAUUGAUUGGCUGUGUGCACACACACAUAUACAUACUUGUUUACUACUCUCUUAAUUCUAUCAUGCUUCAUAGUGUUGGUCUUAGUGAUCCAACUGGAGCAGCGACAGUGGUUUAUCCACAUUUUACACCAUUCCCACCACCAAAUUCAUCAACAUUGAAUUCCAAUGAAAAUUCUAGUCAGUUUCCAAAUAAUACAACUAAUAACAGUAAUGGUAAUAAUAAUGCUAACAAUAAUGGUAUGUACACAUCGAGUACAGCCGCAGCAGCGGCGGCAGCGGUUGCUGCAUUAACUGCCGCUGCAGCUGCGUCAGCUGGUCUACCAUCGAAUAUUAAAGAUUCCAGAUGGUUAACACUUGAAGUAUGCCGACAAUAUCAACGAAAUCAAUGUUCAAGAGAUGAAAAUGAAUGUAAAUUCGCUCAUCCACCAACACAUGUCGAUGUACAAAGUGGACGUGUUAUUUGUUGUUAUGAUUCAAUUAAAGGUAAAUGUCAACGUCGAGAUCCACCUUGUAAGUAUUUGCAUCCACCACAACAUUUACGUGAACAAUUAAUACAAAAUGGUCGAAAUAAUAUGAUUAUGAGAAAUGUACAGUUUCAAUUGUUACAACAACAAUUAUUAGCCCAAACUGGUGUUGGUCCAUUAGCAGCGGCAGCAGCGGCUGCCGUUGCAGCAAAUCCAACUCAAGGAACAUUAGCGAAUAAUUCAAAUUCUUUAAUUUAUACAACACCAGCUGCAUUAGCUCUUACCAAUCAAACUGGUGCACCAUCAGCUUAUCCGCUACUUAAUAUUGGAUUUAGUCCAUAUUUGAAUGCAAUUACAGCUAAUGGAAUGACAAGUUUACAUGGUGUUCCAAAUUUACCAACACAUAUAUCAACUAACACACCACGUCAUCUACUUAAUACUAACAAUACAAUAAAUGGUUUAUCAAAUAAACGAUCUAGUCUACCAGAUACUAAAACUGAUUUUUCAUCAAUUUAUACUCCAUGUGGAAUAGUAACACAAGUAAAUGGAGGUAAAUUAAAUUCACAAAAUGAUCACCACAAUCAUCAUCAUCACCAUCAACAAAAUCAACAUCAUCAUAAUCAUCAUCACAAGUUGAAUGGGUCAACAGGAUUAAUAAAUGGAACUAGUAAUGAAACAGGGAAUAUUAAAGAACAUAGUCAAUCACCUGGAAUACGUGUUACUUCUGCUGUAUCAAAUACUAAUAAUUGUGUUGGAAUUGGGACUGCCACUGGUUGUAAUAGUAAUGGUGGGGGUAGUUCAGGGAGUAAUUGUACCAAUGGAAAUAAUAAUAAUACAAUGAAUGCAACAGCAGCGGCAGCCGCAGCUGCGGCGGCAGCAUUUUUCAGCUUACAACAACAGUCACAACAACAAAAUUCCAUCGGUUUGGGUUUACCACCUCCACAGCCAGCACCACCAUCAGCAGCGGCAGGAGCACAUGGGAAUCCAAUUCCAUUGACAGCGGCAUCAUUAGCUGCAGCUGCGUCGUUAGCAGCCGCUGCUGCAGCGGCAAAUCGAGUUAUUGGACCGCACAAUACAUUGUCGUCACAUUUUCCUGUUGCAUUACCCGAUCAUACAGGUUAUUUUCAAGCACCUUAUCAUAUUGAAAUACCAUCAUUUUCUUAUCAAUAAUGAAUUUAAUAAAAAAGCAAACAAACAAACAAACAAUUGAAAUGAUUUUUUUUUAAAGAAAAACACAUUUUUGAAAAUCCCACCAUUUUACAAUUGAUUGUUAAUCAAUUAAAACAAACAAUAUUCACAAAAGAUUCAUGAAUACUAAAUUAAACAGGAUUUACAACAAUAAUAUUUAUAAUAAACAUUCUUUCUUUUUCUUUUUUUUUUCUUUCUUUCUUUCAAUUUUGAUUAUUUUUAUUUCCAAAGAAAACCCUCCCUGGCAAUAAUAUUCCUAAUGAGAUUCUAAUUUAUGUAACCACUUAACAUUCUUAGUAAUAAAAUUUUUAAAGUUUUGUUUUAGUCUCUUUCGCGCGUACGCUCGUUCUCUCUUUCCUCUUCUCCUCGACUGUUAUUAUUGUGUUCGUGUGCGUGUGUGUGUAUGUGUACUUGUUCUGGUUUAUCUAAACAAGUGAAUUUGAUGUUUGUUUGUCUUUUUUUUUCUUUCA